AUGCCACCUUUUCCGCUUCUGGACACACCCCAGGAAGAUGCUGAGAUGGGGGCCGGUCAACAAGCUACUCGCAUCGCCGAGGAAAUCGCACAUAUGGCCCUUGGAGACCCCCAGCCCGUCUCCAAACCUUCGAAUCCGGCAUCAGAUGCCAUCUUUAGUUCGGAUGCAGCCACUGCUGCCACCCCGUUGGAACUCAGUUCCAGUCUUCCUACUGAUGCACUCGCUGCCACUCCUACACCACCCCCUACACCAAGUACCCCAGCAUCCACACCAGAUACCACUGGACAAAGGCUUCAUCCCUCUGGGAUUAAAACCUCUACCCCUUGCGAGAUCGCCUCCAGUAACUCAGACAUACUGGAGAUUCACGCCACCGAGGAUGAACAGUUGGAGGAAGCUGCGCGCCUCACACCCAAGGAACCCUCCACAACAAUCCUCCAGCAGCCACCGACGUCGCUAGUGCCCCAGGAGCCAAGUAUCCCGGAUCUUCUUCAACAGAGACCAGAGGAACCCCUGGCCCCAAUUCUCCCAGACGCCGAUUGCAAAGAUUUGCCACCCCCAAGGAAGGCUACACGCGGCGUUAGGUGGCACCAGUGCCAUGGCUAUGGCCAUGGCUAUCCAGAGUGUUGCAGUGUCGUGAGGCACGGCUAUUGCGUAGCCUGUGGUAAGUGGCACUGCAACAUUUUCACUUGCGUGGUUAUGGACAGUCGCCAUGAGAAGUCCAGAUGGGUCAUCGAACAGAAUCUCGAGGGACAACUGCCUCAACUAAGCUCCAAAACUGCACCUCAUGCCACCCGCCUAGCACGUUACACGCUGACGAACCUCAGGAGACCCUCCGACCCCUCUGCCAAUAGGCCAACCACCCCUGGUAGGACAAGGACCUCAACUGCACCAGCAGGUCCCAACGCUGCUCUCUCGACCAAUCGAGAAGCCACCAGUGCCUAUUCUACCUCUCGACCUCAACCCUCAGCCAGUACUGAGAGAGUUUCCGUCCAGGACAGACUGGGACGCGCCAGAUCUCAGACCUACGCUGAAUCUACUGCGAAACGCCUCAAGCCAUCACCAGAACCCCUGAAGAUCAACCCCACUAUCGAUGCUCCCAGAGCCACCCCUUCGAUCGACGAUGCUGCUGUAGCCACACUCCCAACAGAUGUUCCCAGGGCCAAAACCCCCACCACUCCUUCAGGACCCCCACCAUCGCCCUCAGGACAAGUGACUUGGCCUUCAUUGCCUGCUGCACCAACAACAGCUGCCUCCUAG